AUGGGUUUCACUGACUUCGUUAACGACAUGGGUCUUCAGACUUUGGAGUCAUGGCUUCGCACAAGGUCCUACAUCACCGGCUACGGUCCAUCUCAGGCCGACGUUGCUACAUUCAAAGCAUUGAAGUCCACGCCCGAGCCAGCUAAAUACCCUCACGCCUACCGCUGGUAUAAGCACAUGCAAUCGCAUGAGUCUGAAUUCGGUUCGCUUCCUGGCGACCCUUCCAAAUCACACACCGCCUACGGCCCUGAGCAAAGCGAACUUCCUACCAAUCCCAAAGCACCUACUGCCGUUCCUGCAGCCGAAGCCGAGGAUGAUGAAGACGAUCUCUUUGGGUCAGAUGAGUCGGAGGAUGAGGAGGCUCAGAAGGUGAAAGAGGCAAAUCUGGCGGCGUACAAGAAGAAGAAGGAGGGCAAGGUGAAGCCUGCGGCGAAGAGUAUUGUCACGUUAGACGUCAAACCUUGGGAUGACGAAACCGAUAUGAAGGCAUUGGAAAAGAACAUGCGCUCCAUUGAGAUAGACGGGCUAACGUGGGGUGCAUCCAAGCUUGUGCCGGUAGGAUACGGCAUCAGCAAGCUGCAAGUCAAUCUGGUCGUUGAGGAUGAGAAGGUCUCAAUCGACGACUUGCAAGGCCAGAUUGAAGGCGACGAAGAUCAUGUGCAAUCCACUGACGUGGCCGCUAUGCAGAAGCUCUAG